UGCGGGGGAACGAGCUAGCGCCGCGGCGCGGGGAGUCAGUCGGGCCCGGAGGGCUAGCGGAGGCGGCGGCGGCGGCGCAGACUGAGCGGCGGGGGCAGCUGGAGCUCCAGCGUAGCGUGCCCACCAUGGCCGCCCAGGCUGAGCCCGGCUACCUGGCCGCACAGUCGGACCCGGGCUCCAACAGCGAGCGCAGCACCGAUUCGCCCAUGCCUGGCUCGGAGGACGACCUGGUCGCCGGGGCGCCCCUGCACUGCCCCGAGUGGAGCGAGGAGCGCUUCCGAGUGGACAGGAAGAAACUCGAGGCCAUGCUACAAGCUGCAGCUGAAGGAAAAGGCAGAAGUGGGGAAGACUUUUUCCAAAAGAUCAUGGAGGAAACAAACACACAGAUUGCUUGGCCAUCCAAACUGAAGAUCGGAGCCAAAUCCAAGAAAGAUCCCCAUAUUAAGGUUUCUGGAAAGAAAGAAGAUGUUAAAGAAGCCAAGGAGAUGAUCAUGUCUGUCCUAGACACAAAAAGCAACCGGGUCACGUUGAAGAUGGAUGUGUCCCAUACAGAGCACUCACACGUCAUAGGCAAAGGUGGGAACAACAUCAAGAAAGUGAUGGAAGAAACUGGAUGUCACAUCCACUUCCCAGAUUCCAACCGGAACAACCAGGCAGAGAAAAGUAACCAGGUAUCUAUAGCAGGACAACCAGCAGGUGUUGAAUCUGCUCGAGUUCGAAUUCGGGAGCUGCUUCCGUUGGUGCUGAUGUUUGAGUUGCCAAUUGCUGGAAUUCUUCAACCAGUUCCUGACCCUAAUUCCCCUGCCAUUCAGCACAUAUCACAAACGUACAACAUUUCAGUAUCAUUUAAACAGCGUUCCCGAAUGUAUGGUGCUACUGUCAUAGUACGAGGGUCUCAGAAUAACACUAGUGCUGUGAAGGAAGGAACUGCCAUGCUGUUGGAACAUCUUGCUGGGAGCUUAGCAUCAGCUAUUCCUGUGAGCACGCAACUAGACAUUGCAGCCCAGCAUCAUCUCUUUAUGAUGGGUCGAAAUGGGAGCAACAUCAAACAUAUCAUGCAGAGAACGGGUGCUCAGAUCCACUUUCCUGAUCCCAGUAACCCACAAAAGAAAUCUACCGUCUACCUCCAGGGUACCAUUGAGUCUGUCUGUCUUGCGAGGCAAUAUCUCAUGGGUUGUCUUCCUCUUGUCUUGAUGUUUGAUAUGAAGGAAGAAAUUGAAGUAGAUCCACAAUUUAUUGCUCAGUUGAUGGAACAGCUUGAUGUCUUCAUCAGUAUUAAACCAAAGCCAAAACAGCCAAGCAAGUCUGUGAUUGUGAAAAGUGUUGAGCGAAAUGCCUUAAAUAUGUAUGAAGCAAGGAAAUGUCUCCUCGGACUUGAAAGCAGUGGGGUUACCAUAGCAACCAGUCCAUCCCCAGCAUCGUGCCCUGCCGGCCUGGCAUGUCCCAGCCUGGAUAUCUUAGCUUCAGCAGGCCUCGGACUCACUGGACUAGGUCUUUUGGGACCUUCCACCUUAUCACUGAACACUUCAACAACCCCGAACUCACUCUUGAAUGCUCUUAACAGCUCAGUCAGUCCUUUGCAAAGUCCCAGUUCUGGUACUCCUAGCCCCACAUUGUGGGCACCCCCACUUGCUAAUACUUCAAGUGCCACAGGUUUCUCUGCCAUACCACACCUCAUGAUUCCAUCUACCGCCCAGGCCACAUUAACCAAUAUUUUGUUGUCUGGAGUACCUGCCUAUGGGCACACAGCUCCAUCUCCCCCUCCUGGCUUGACUCCUGUUGAUGUCCAUAUCAACAGUAUGCAGACAGAAGGCAAAAAAAUCUCGGCUUCUUUAAAUGGACAUGCACAGUCUCCAAAUAUAAAAUAUGGUGCAAUAUCCACUUCGUCACUCGGAGACAAAGUGCUGAGUACAAAUCAUGGUGAUCCAUCUAUCCAGACAACUGGAACUGACCAGGCUUCUUCUAAGGCAAACCCUGUAGAAGGUUGUAAUGAUGCUUUUGUUGAAGUCGGCAUGCCUCGAAGUCCUUCCCAUUCUGGGAAUGCUGGUGACUUGAAACAAAUGAUUGGUUCUUCCAAAGUGUCCUGUGCCAAGAGACAGACAGUGGAACUACUGCAAGGCACGAAGAACUCACACUUACACAGCACUGACAGGUUGCUGUCAGACCCUGAACUCAGUGCUGCAGAAAGCCCUCUGGCUGACAAAAAGGCUCCAGGGAGUGAGCGCGCAGCAGAGAGAGCAGCGGCUGCCCAGCAAAACUCUGAACGAGCUCGCCUUGCCCCACGGCCAUCAUACGUCAACAUGCAGGCAUUUGACUAUGAACAAAAGAAGCUAUUGGCGACCAAAGCUAUGUUAAAGAAACCAGUGGUGACAGAAGUCAGAACACCUACAAACACGUGGAGUGGCCUGGGCUUUUCCAAAUCCAUGCCAGCUGAAACCAUCAAGGAGCUGAGAAGAGCCAACCAUGUGUCCUAUAAGCCCACCAUGACAACCACGUAUGAGGGCUCAUCAAUAUCCCUCUCACGGUCCAACAGCCGUGAGCACUUGGGAAGCGGAAGCGAAUCUGACAACUGGCGAGACCGAAAUGGAAUAGGACCUGCAAGUCAUAGUGAAUUUGCAGCUUCCAUUGGCAGCCCCAAACGCAAACAAAACAAGUCAACGGAACACUAUCUCAGCAGUAGCAAUUACAUGGACUGCAUUUCCUCGCUGACAGGAAGCAAUGGCUGUAACUUGAACAGCUCUUUUAAAGGCUCUGACCUCCCUGAGCUUUUCAGCAAACUGGGACUGGGCAAAUACACAGAUGUGUUCCAGCAACAAGAGAUUGACCUUCAGACGUUCCUCACUCUCACAGAUCAAGAUCUGAAGGAGCUAGGAAUCACUACUUUUGGUGCCAGGAGAAAAAUGCUGCUUGCAAUCUCAGAGCUCAAUAAAAACCGAAGAAAGCUUUUUGAACCACCAAAUUCCCGUACCUCUUUUCUGGAAGGCGGAGCAAGUGGGAGGCUACCCAGGCAAUAUCACUCAGACAUUGCUAGUGUCAGUGGCCGCUGGUAGCAGUACCUUCUAGGCACAGAAAAACUGUACUUUGGACUCAGCUCAUCUGUGAACAGCCUUUGCUGCACACCGUCCUCAGCACUCUGAGUGUCUGGGAUCCGGACCAAAGCAUCUUAUUCACACCGGUACUUUAACAUCAAAAUGGAAGAAAAGAGACAUGUGCUUAGAUUGCCAUACAAACACCAAAUGUGGAUAACUUUUAAAAUUGCAGUUGGACAGAAUUUUGCAAUAUGAAAAUAGGGCUUUAUUUCUUUUUAUUUACCUAUAUAAUGUAUGCACUGAUUUUUUUUUUACUUAAAAUGAAGGAUUUUGACACCUAGGAUGCCAGAAAACAUACAAGUUUUUUUUUUUUUUGCUUGUUUUGGUAUUUGGGAAUUUAAAAAAAUAAUAAUCAAAUGGAAUUUUCUGGUACUGCUUUAAAAUUAUUGAGGUCUUUCAGCACUUUACACGUUCUGACUUCUUGUCCUGUGGAAAUUGUCUGUCUUUCUCAUUCUCUCUGUUAUUUCUAUGUCACCUGAUGUAUUGGUACAGAUCAGGUUUAGUCACAUUUUUCUGUCAAAUUGUUCUUUGAAAUGGUACUGGAUAUCAGUUGCUGUGCUGAGUAUUCUGGACUUUGGGAAAUGUGAGUCCACUUGGUUAUGGACCAAUUUUUAUGUCAGCAUCCUAAAAAACCUUAGCAAAUGUGCCUCAUUCCCAGGAACAAGUACCAACCAACCAAAUGGGCUUGGCAAUAUUAACCCUUUGCAGUAUCUAUAUUUAGCUGCUGCCUAUAUAGCUAAAAUGAUUUUAAUAUUUGUCUCAUGGCAAAGGGCUGUUUUUAGUAUACUGCCACUAAAGGACAUUUAUUUAUAUCAAACUUCUAUUUUUAGAUAUUAUAAGCAUACAGUACAUAGUUGAUGAGAUUGAUAUUUACUAGAGAUUUAUGGUAGAGAAUGGACGGCAUUCAAUAACUGGAGCCCUAGAUUGUCACUUUAUUUAAAAGGACAAAUAAUCAUCUGACAAGACAGCACUGUUGCCAUUAUGAAGAGAAAAAGUCACAGUCCUUAAACUUUUACCUACCUGGUCAUGGGAAUUUCCUAAAACUGUAUCCAUUGCUUGAAGUCAGUUUGCAUUCAUUGAUGGAAAGGCUUUAAGUAAACCCAGGGUGGCAGUUUAUAAAGGGGGUGGAAUUCUGAAGGGGAAACAAUGUUUUUUAAGUGGCUGGAUUUAUUGGUAAAUAUUACACUGUGAAAGUCCAAGAAAUCAAGCAACAUUGCUUCCCAAAUCUUUUCAGACACCUUCUAGUGUAUUUAUGGUUUGCAGCCCAUGAAGAAACUCACUAAAGUGCCUCUCUUCAAAGCAAUAUUCUAUCCAAGUGCAUUAAUUUUUUGGAAACGUUUCCCAUAGUAAUGGUUGUCAUUUACCUGAAAUGGGUUUUUUUUUUGCUCAUUGUUUAGGACUUUCUGUGUGGACAUUAACCACUCUUUCACUCUCCAUAGAAGGCACUGAGUUGAGCACUUGCACCCAUAUGGGGUAAGAAACUUUGCCUGAUGUGUUUCCAUGGCUCAGCCUUGCCAUUCAGUUAAAAACAAGUGACAUGUUUAUCCACAGAAAAUGUUUUCACUUUAGAAAUGACAUUGAAGGCAUACACAAUAAACUUGCCAUAAGAUGAACUAUAUCUGUCAUUAAAUUAAACUCUAUUUCUUUAAGGACAGAAAAGCAAAUGACUCCCUUUGCAAGUAUUGUGCACUGGUCCUGUACACAAGCGUGCAGGUGAUCACGUGGUGCUCCCUCUGUCUCUCCAUUGUAGUCAUGCCUCAGGCACAACAUACAACACAACCAUUCCAGGCUAGUUUUCUGCUCUACAGUCCAAUUUUCUAAAUUCUACACCUAUUUGGUGAGGCCUUCCACAAAUGAAGCAAUCACAGCUUUCCCCAAGUUCUCUACCACAUACUUGCAGCAGGAGGAAGAUGGAAUUCACACUCAGUAUUAACUUGGUAGAGGUUUUGUGAACAGUGCUUUGAUAUUAUGCCAAAGGGAAAAUUGUCCACUUAAACUAGAUUAAAUAGGAUGGCGAAAAGAAUAAAUUAAAACACUGGAAAUUAUUUUUUCUCACUUUCUCUUGAUGCAAUGAAGGGAAUAUGACACUACAGAAUACAGAGUUGUUGGUAUUAUAUAAUGCACAAAAUAAUAGUUGGAUUAUUUGACUAAAUGUUAGCUUUUAAUCUGUGCCUUAACAAUGAUUGGUUAUCUGUAAAUAGAGGACAGAUACAGAUUGUAUUUUGUGUGGGUUUUUGUCCUUUUAGUAACUUUUUUUUUAAUGAGAAACAGAAUUAACAUUGAGAAUGGGAAUUUUUUCUAAGCUAAUCAGUUGUUACAUGAGAAAUAAAUUUAUAUAACCCCUUUGUAUUGCUCUUGAUAAAUGAAAUGUCUUUUUUUAUCUUUACACAUAAAAAAUAUAUGCCUGCAUCUGUUUUCUAAGAAAAUCUCCCCCUGGCUAUUUUCAGCAGAAUUGAAAGAUGUUUCUGCGGUGGAAUUAAAUAUGUAUUCUCUCUCCUCGUUUUGUAUCGACAGAACUCAUUUCAACCCCAAGCCAAGGUACUUUAUUUGAGCCAGUGACUCCAAGACUAGUAGUAAUCAAUCACUGUUUCUCCAUCCUUCUAUGGUACAUUCGAGACAAGUAACAGUAUAGAACAGGUUUUAUUCUUGUUCUUUUAUGAAGACUCAAGUAGGUGAGCACUUUGACACCUCAUUUAUCUGUAAAGGCAUUCCAUACUGAAGUGGUGCUGGAGGAGUUGACCCUCAACAUCUUGCAGAGACUAACUGCUGUGUGGUCUACUACACUGAGUGUUUACCAGGCCUGCAGUGAGAUUCUGACUGCACUGGUUCCCAACAUGGAAUUUGUACUGCAUUACUAAUCCUCAGAUUUGGCCUCUUCCCUAGCCCUCCUCCCCUUGUGUUCCCAGGAAUAUCUUCACUUGAAAUAACCAUGCUAUUGAUUCUGAAAAAUUGUAGAACAAGCUGAGAUCACACAUGUAGUAAUAGGUACUUGGGAGACUGAAAUCAGGAGCCAUCAGAGUUGCCAACUUGAGCAACAAGUUCACGAGACCCUUGUCAACCGAAACAUGCACAGUGGCGCAUGUCUGUUACCCUAGCAACCACCAAAAGCCUAAAAAAAGGCAAGAUUGUGCCAGACAGGAAGCAAGACAGUAUCUCAAAUGCAACUGGCACAAA